AUCCGAAGGGAAGAACAGAGGAAAAAGCGGCGAUGGCGAACGGCGGGAUGGCGAAGAAGGGGUUCGGCGAGAGCCACGACGUGCUCCGCUUCGGCGUCAACGACAGCGUCAGGGGCGACCUCGCGCCGCCGCACCCGCUCCAGGCCACCAUCCAAUCGGAGAGCAAGUUCUGGGACGACAAGAAGAAGUUCGGGACGGAGUCCAUCUACGGAUCCGCCUUCAACAUCCGCAAGGAUCUCGACGCCCAAAUCCUCUCCAGGUUCCAAAGGCCCCCAGGUGCAUUACCAUCAUCUUUGCUAGGAUAUGAGGCAAUGACAGGUUCCUUGGAUGAUUUCGGAUUUGAAGAUUAUCUUAACAUGCCCCAAGACUCUGACAGCCUCCGUAUACCGGACAUGCACCAUGGGAUGGAGGUUCGCCUUGGCCUGUCGAAGGGACCUGUCUGCCCUAGUUUCAAUUGAUUUCACCCAUGGUUGGUCCCCUGUUACAUGUGUACUACAUCCUACAUCUGCAGCGGCUGGAAGUGCGUUUUCCUGUCUGACCUAGCAUCCUAGUAGCUAUAGGAGUGCAAAUCCUGCCUUCCUGUUUUCAACCCAACAUCCGCAUGUGCAGUGUUAAGCUCUGUAGUACUCCACCUGUUUCGAACUAUAGUUUUGGAGAGUAUUUG